AUGGAGAACAUUAUAACAAUCACGAUAACCAUCAACACUGGACAAAUAAAGAUCGAAGGUCAUUCUAUCAAAGAAUGGGAAAAACAUGAAUUUGCCCUAUUAAUCGAACUUAUAAACUGUUCUGACCUUGACAAGAUGGACGCCACAAACAAUACAACUCAGUUCUUUGACGCCGUAUUCCAAAAGCAUCCAUGCAAUUCCUCAUCGACAAAAGAUCAGAAAAGCCCAGAAGUCACACCAACAGGGGAGAAAUCUCUACUGGCCAUGAAAUCGAGCCUCUCAACGCUUGAAGCCAACUUUGUCGAAUUUGCCCAAAGCACAAAGAAAGAGAUACAAAAUUUCACAGAAACACUAACAAAGAAAGACCAGGAAAUUGAAAUCCUUAGAAAUGACCUCAACCAAACCAAAACUAAAAGCCAGCAAUCUUUUAGUGACCUCACCAUACAACAAAUGGAGAUGGAAACUAAAUUCAAGAAUCUACAAGAGAAAUACAAAAUUCUAGCAGACAAGAACACCAAGCUACUUUGCCAAAUUUCAACCCUACGUAACGACUCACUGCAACCAACCAAACCACCAGUCAACACCAACACCAACAAAACAACUGAUGAGCCAAAAGAAGAAGUUGACCUGACUGAUGAUACCAACUCAAUUAUGGAAACCUACAACAUUCCUACAGCAAAUAAAUUUGAGAAUCUAACAAAACAAGAUAAGCCCACUAAUGAAAACCAACAAAUUAAAACCAAGAAAGAUCAAACAGCCAAUGAUGAACCCACUAGUGGUAUCCAACAACCAAAUGGAAUUAGAAACAACACUUCAAAUGAUACAGACACAAUCAUCCUCUGCGACAGCAACGGCCGACAUAAAUACCAAACUGCUAUGUCCAGACAGUAA